GUUACAGUCAUUUAAUGUUAAAUAUACAUACAGUGGAAGGUUGACAAAAUAAAUACAAAUAUCAUUGAAAACGAUUUACAAAAUAAGGUUGUCAGGACUAUCUUCACACCUGAAUAUAUGUGGCAUCUUUAUAUCUAAUGAUGCUAUUGCAAAUUUUUAAAUAGAUAGCGUUUUCUUGCUUUUUCGGCCUCGCUAUAUGUGAAGAAAUCAUUACAUCAGACAACACUUUGAAGCAUCAAGUAGUUGAUGAACGGAUUCGAAUGUGUCGUAACAGUGACACGGUAAGAAUUAUAAAGGCACGUAAUGCCAACCUCUGAUAUACAUAAUAAAUAUCGAGAAGUUAAAGAAAAAUUUGAAAACUACUUUAAUACAUUCGUCAGUCUGUUACAUCAUGACCAUCCAAAAAGUCUUCAAUUGGCAGAACAACAUUUCCAAAAUGUAACUUCGUAUAAUUUAUCUAGUGGCAAACGAAUUCGAGGAGUGUUAGUUGUUCUUUCGUAUAUGGUGUUCAGCAAUAAAAAUGAAAACUCUAGGAAAAACUUGUCGUGUGCAUAUCUUAUUGGUUGGUGUGUCGAAUUGUUACACGCAGGAUUCCUUGUGUUGGAUGAUAUAAUUGACAACUCUACACUUAGACGGGGCCAACCGUGUUGGCAUUGUACUCAGGUAGAUUUAAACCGUGGGUUAAUUGGAGUUAAUGAUGGUUUACAUCUGAUUUUAUCAUCGAAAUACUUGAUCCACUCUUUAUUUGCUGAAAAUCAAAGUAAUGUUGAUUCAUAUUCAUGGAAGGACAAAAAUAACGUAUAUCUCAAAUUAUGCAAAAUGUUUGAUGAAGUUAGUUACAAAACGUGUUCUGGCCAAUGCUUGGAUGUACUAUCGGCAAAUCCUAAUAAUCAAUGUAUUUUGAACGGAAAACAGAAUAAUUUGGAGUUUGAUAGUUUUGCUCGAAACUACUCACCAGAUGUAUUUGAAGCUAUAACACACUGGAAGACGGGUUUUUAUACUUUUUAUUUACCUGUAGCGUGUGGAAUGAUUUUGGCUGAAGUUGAUGAUACAGAUGAUAUUUUCAAAAAUGUUCAAUACAUCCUCCUUAAAUUGGGUAACUACUUUCAAGCCCAGGAUGACUAUUUAGAUUGUUUUGGUGACAGUGAAAUUACUGGAAAAGUUGGGACUGAUAUAGCAGAAGGCAAAUGCACAUGGCUAAUUGUUGAAGCGUUAAAACACCUUUCACCUGAACAAUAUAAAAUACUUAAAACAAAUUAUGGUAAACCCGAUCUUAAGUCGCAACAGACUGUUCGCAAUCUCUAUGGUGCGAUCAAAUUACCAGAGAAGUAUUAUUUGUACGAAGAACAAACUAAAUCAGAGAUUAUGAAUAACAUUCAGAAGUUUAUGUACCUUGAUCACUUUUCUUUUGAUCCUAGGGAUUUGUUUACUUUUCUUGUAGAAUUACUUUUUCAACGUGUUUGUUAAAGUACCAUGAAAAUAUUUCAUAUUAUUCCAUACUGUUUCGUCAACUUUCUUUACUUACGUCUUUUCUAUCUCAGUUCUCUUUUUCCAUUUCUUUUAGUUCUACAAUUCAGUCUUUACUUUUAUCGUCAUGACAAUCCUAUUUAAAGAAUUCCCCUUCUUACAUAAUUAUGGUGCAUUUAAAUCUUCGUCAACAUAAUUUUGUCUAAAAUAUUUGUUUGUUUUCUUAAAAUACUGACUUUAACAGCUUAGUAUUAUGUAUAUUUAUAUUUCCGAAUUUAUUUAUUUGAACACGUAAAUAUUGCUACAAAAGGAUACCGA